AUGGAUGGGGUGUGUAUAAAAAUGGUCCAAGUCCUUUGGGGAUGUUUUCUCCUGUGGAAUGUCUACAUCUCAUCUGCUCAGACCAUAUACCCUGGAAUCAAGGCAAGGGCUACUCAGCGUGCUCUGGACUAUGGCGUUCAAGCCGGCAUGGAGAUGAUUGAGCAAAUGGCCAAAGAAAGAAACAUCCCAGAUUUAAAAGGCUCUGAGUCUCUUGAAUUUCUGAAGGUUGAUUAUGUGAACUACAAUUUUACAAACAUAAAAAUCAAUGCCUUUUCAUUUCCAAAUACUUCGUUAGCCUUUGUGCCCGGGGUGGGCAUCAAGGCACUGACCAACCACGGCACCGCCAACAUCAGCACAAACUGGGAAGUCAGAUCUCCACUUUUCCAAGACGCAGGAGGAGCUGAUCUGCUUCUCUCUGAAGUCUACUUCACCGGUAACCUUAUCCUCGCUCAAAAUGACUUUGGUCACCCAACCCUGAAGCUCCAAGACUGCUAUGCCCAAGUGAGUCAUGCGCACCCCUCAUUCACCGGAGAACUCAGUGUCCUGUAUAACUCCUUUGCUGAGCCCAUUGAGAAACCCAUUUUAAAGAACUUAAAUGAAAUGCUCUGUCCCAUUAUCACAGGUGAGGUGGAAGCACUGAAUGCCAAUCUCAGCAUGCUGGAGGUUUUAACCAAGAUCAACAACUAUACCAUGCUGGAUUAUUCCCUAAUGAGUUCUCCAGAAAUUACUGAGAACUACAUUGACCUGAAUUUGAAGGGCGUAUUUUACCCACUGGACAACCUCACUGAGCCCCCCUUUCCUCCAGUGCCUUUUGAGCUCCCAGAACGAAGCGACUCUAUGCUCUACAUUGGAAUCUCCGAGUAUUUCUUUCAAUCUGCAUCCUUCGCUCAUUUUACAGCUGGGGCUUUCAAUGUCACUCUCUCCACAAAAGAGAUUUCCAGCCAUUUGUUUCGAAACUCUCAAGGCAUUGGCAACAUGCUCUCCCGGAUCGCAGACAUCUACAUCUUGUCCCAGCCCUUCAUGUUUCGGAUCAUGGCAACAGAGCCUCCUGUGGUCAAUUUACUGCCAGGGAACUUCACCCUGGACAUCCCUGCCUCCAUUGUGAUACUCACGGAGUCUGAGAACUCAACGGCUGAAACCAUCGUGUCCAUGGACUUUGUUGCUAGUACCAGUGUUGGCCUGGUUAUUUUGGGACAAAGACUGAUCUGCUCCUUGUCUCUGAACAGGUUCCGCCUCUCUUUGCCAGAGUCCAGACGCAGCAAUAUUGAGGUCUUGAGAUUUGAAAACAUUCUGUCCUCCAUUCUCCACUUUGGCGUCCUCCCACUGGCCAACGCAAAAUUGCAGCAAGGAUUUCCUCUGCCCAACCCACACAAAAUCUCAUUCGUCAACUCAGAUAUUGAAGUCCUAGAGCAUUUCCUUUUGAUUUCCACCGACCUGAAGUAUGAAACACCUUUAAAACAGCCAUCAAGUUUCUAUGGUUGGGAAGGUCUGAACCUGAUAAGUGGACAGUGGAGGGGGAAAUCCGUCCCCUGACUGCCUGACUGGAGUCCACUCCAGGAAGUAAAUGGCCCUUAAUCCCACCUACUGUAAACCC